AUGAUGCAUCCGCUCGCAUUCUGGGCUGUAUGCUUCGGUAUCUUUUCUGUCGAGGCUACAUCCCAACCUAAGGUCCUAAUUGCUUCGCCGGCCGCUCUUGCAUCUCAAUAUGCACUUACGACUAGCACCUCCUUGGCCUUUCCUACCGCUACGCUUGCGCCCUCGGAUACCGAAGACUUCAUCGUCUCCUCCUGGAACUUGAAUGCAGAACGUAUCGAGUACGGCUCUGCCGAUCUUGCGUUCGUGCCUGAUCCUUUCACGAACGCAUCUUCCAGUACGACCUCUUCGGCAGCCACAGCGUCUUCAACGCCUCCCUCUCCGGUGCUGCGAGUCACGUAUCCCUCUGGUAGCUACUCACAUGACACAGGCGGCGCACAGUUCUACGCUCUCUGGAAUGCUUCGAACUCGACUGGCGCACAAUUCACUUCGAUGCUUCUUACUUACGAGGUGGCUUUCGACUCGGACUUUGACUGGGUCAAAGGAGGCAAGCUCCCUGGUCUCCGAGGCGGGGCUGACGCGUAUGGCUGUUCUGGCGGGCAGCGUGCGAAUGGUUCGAACUGCUUCAGCACGAGGGUGAUGUGGAGGCCCGAGGGAGAGGGCGAAGGCAUGUCGCGCUCAUGCCUACUGCUUUAUGGCGCUUUUUGA